AUGGCGCCCGGCUGGCGCGGGCGCGCGCUGCGGCUGCUGCCGGCGGCGGGCGCGGGGCUCCUGGCGCGGCUCCCGUUCUGGCACUGCCUGAGCGCGCUCCUGCUCGGGGCCGAGCGCGCGGAGCGGCGGCGGAAGCCGGACAUCCCAGUGCCCUACCUGUACGUGGACCUGGCGGUGGCCGUGCUCUGCGCCAGCUUCAUGUCCUUCGGGGUCAAGCGCCGCUGGUUUGCGCUCGGUGCCGCGCUGCAGCUCGCGGUGGCCACGUACGCGGCGCACGUGGGCGGCCACGGCCACUACGGGGCCUGGUUAAAGGUCCGGAUGCUCUCCCGCACCAUCGCCAUCAUUGGCGGCUUCCUCAUCGUGGCCAGCGGCGCCGGGGAGCGGUACCGGCAGCGCCCGCGCAGCCGCGCGCUCCAGGCCACGGGACAGGUGUUCCUCGGCAUCUACCUCAUGUGCCAGGCCUUCUCGCUGCAGCACAGCCCCGAGGAGCGCCAGGCCCACCUGGCGCAGGUGCCGGGGGGGGAGCUGGCGCUGCAGGCUCUGUUCGUGGCGCACGGGCUCCUGGCGCUGGCGUUCCUGUCCGGCUGCCGCGUGCGGGCGGCGGCGCAGGCGCUGGCGGUGCUGCUGCCCCCCCUCACCCUGCUCGUCGACGGCAACCUCGGCUACUGGCACCGCGGCCGCGGCGUCGAGUUCUGGACCCACAUGCGGCUCCUGGGCCAGAGCGUCGGCAUCUUCGGCGCCGCCGUCAUCCUCGCCACCGACGGAUGAGGGGGGGGUCGACCCCUUUAACCCCAUCCCCCCCCCCCCCCCCAUUGGGGUUGAUCCUGGUUGGGAAUACCCCAUCCGUGCCCAUGGAUGGGGGGGAGGUGCCGGGGGGGGCUCCGGCUGC